AUGCCUCGUUUACCAGAUGACCAGAUCCAAGAGGCCCAGAGUGCUUUCGACGCUUUUGUGACGAGAGAGACUGGUCAUCCUAGUGAUCACGCCGCGCUCCUCCGUCUCCUGCAGCACCAGACGCCCAUGAAUACGAAUAUUAAGGAAGUUCGCAAUCCCAUCCCUGACCAAACUAUCCGCAUCCGAAAGGUUUACCACGUAAAAAGGGAACUAAACCAGAGGUUUGGAGACGAUUUCGUGUUCACCCACCUCCACCAGAUCGGAAUUCUCCUAUGUAGCCGAACAUUCACCCUAUUCGGUGAUAUUAACAUAAGGGACACCCUGGUACUUCUUGAACCAUUUCUUGCUAGAUUUCUCCCGCGAAAUACCCCUAUCCCCCCUGAUGUGAAGUUGCCAACAAACUCUCCUCAGCCUACAACGAAGGAAGCCGAUCGAAACAGGAAUGAAAGUAAAGAUACCCUAGAACGCGACGGAAAAAGAUGCCUGGUCACCAAUGCGAUCAAACCUGAUGUCUGCCACAUCAUCCCUCCCGAGUUGAACACCAAUCCCGCAACGGAACCCGGUUCCCGAUUGAUAUACGGAAAGCUUCUAAGGAACCUCCUUACUUGGCAAGACUCUGAGGACCUAUUUGAUUUACUCUUCCCCACCGACGAGCUGUGCGAAAAUGUGCCUAGCUCUGCAGAGAGACAAUGGAACAUGUUGACUCUAUCUCCCCAAGUUUGUCGCUAUUGGAGAAAGUGUUUCUUCGCUUUCAAGUGGGUGGGUGUCUUGAAUCCUGAUACCAAUGAAGAGACGCAGGCUGUCCAGCUAGAAUUUCGAUGGAUACCUAGAAGCAUUGCCACUGCCUUGGGUGACGCAGGGCUCGGCGAGCCCGAGCCUCAACAUGCCCACAAGGGUAACGCCUUCCGUCCCGUCAAGACCGACACCAUGACAUGGGAAAGAAUGGCUGAGAUCGUUAGUGAUUGCAUUAGCAACUCAUCCCCCACAUCGACAGUGCACCCACGCUACCAGCAGCCUGAUGAAGAGUACCCAACCCUCGUCGAUCAUGACUACUUCCUCCCCAUCAAAUCAGGGCACAUCAUCAACGUAAAUGGAAUCAAAAGGGAGGAUGUUCCUAAGAUGAAGCUGGCAAUAGAUCUGCAAUACGUGGCCCAUUGGCUGGGCGGGAUGUCUGGUGCUGCCGACGCCAUUGAGUCUCUGGACCCAAGAGUACCCUCUAGACACACUAUUCGUCAUUACGACCGGGAUACUGACACUAUGACGUGGGAGCUGUAUACCCCCUUUGCAGAGCUUAGAGAGCUAAUUGACGAGGAGGGGGAGGAGAAGGGGGCAGAGGAAGAGGAUCAGGGAGAGGAUGGAGAGGAUGGAGAGGGGGGAGAGGAGAUGUGGCUGCUACUUUAG